AUGGCGACUCCGGCAUGGAGUCAUGCCAAAGCUCAAUGGGUAGUUGCCAUUUUGGUGUUACUCGUUGGCUCGGCUAUGGCUACCGAACCUUACUAUUAUAGCUCUCCACCACCACCAUAUGAGUAUAAAUCCCCACCUCCUCCGGUCAAAUCUCCUCCACCUCCUUAUGAAUAUAGCUCUCCACCACCUCCGGUUAAAUCUCCUCCACCACCGUAUUACUAUCAUUCACCACCGCCACCGGUGAAAUCCCCUCCCCCUCCUUAUGUUUACCACUCUCCUCCUCCUCCGGUUAAGUCUCCUCCACCACCGUACUACUACCAUUCUCCACCUCCUCCGGUGAAAUCCCCUCCCCCACCUUAUGUGUACAACUCUCCUCCUCCUCCGGUGAAGUCUCCUCCACCACCGUACUACUACCAUUCUCCACCUCCUCCGGUGAAAUCUCCUCCCCCACCUUAUGUGUACCAUUCUCCUCCUCCUCCAGUGAAGUCUCCACCUCCUCCUUACUAUUAUCAUUCUCCUCCUCCUCCGGUGAAAUCUCCACCUCCACCAUACUAUUAUCAUUCUCCACCACCACCAGUUAAAUCUCCACCACCACCUUACUACUAUCAUUCUCCACCUCCUCCGGUGAAGUCACCUCCACCACCGUACUAUUAUCACUCUCCUCCUCCUCCCGUGAAGUCUCCACCACCACCAUACUACUACCACUCUCCACCUCCUCCAGUCAAGUCUCCACCACCACCGUACUACUACCACUCUCCACCUCCUCCAGUCAAGUCUCCACCACCACCAUAUUACUACCACUCUCCUCCUCCUCCGGUGAAGUCUCCACCUCCUCCUUACUACUACCACUCUCCUCCUCCUCCGGUUAAAUCUCCACCACCACCAUACUAUUAUCACUCACCACCUCCUCCGGUGAAGUCUCCUCCUCCUCCUUACUACUACCAUUCUCCACCACCUCCGGUGAAGUCCCCACCACCACCAUAUUACUACAACUCUCCACCUCCUCCAGUGAAGUCUCCACCACCACCGUAUUAUUACUCAUCCCCACCACCACCAAAAUCUUACCCACCACCAUACUACUACUCAUCACCACCACCACCAGCAAAAUCAUACUCGCCACCGUACUACUACUCAUCACCACCACCUCCGGUGUCAUACCCUCAUCCUCACCCACACCCACAUCCACUUGUCUUCAAAGUAGUUGGUAAAGUCUAUUGUUACAGAUGUUAUGACUGGACUUACCCCAAAAAGUCUCAUGACAAGAAGCAUCUCAAAGGUGCUGUUGUGGAAGUGACUUGUAAGGCCGGUGACAAGACAGUGAAAGCAUACGGAACAACUAAGAUCAACGGUAAGUACGCAAUUACCGUUAAGGGAUACAACUACCUUAAAUACGGUGGCGAAGUCUGCACGGCCAGGCUUCACGCGCCACCUAAGGGAUCGCCUUGUAACAUUCCUACGAAUUACCAUUUGGGUAACAAAGGUGCUAAACUUCAUGUGAAAUCAAAGACUAAGUACGAGGUUGUGCUUUAUGCUAAGUCCUUUGCUUACGCACCUAAGAAACCUUACGGAGAAUGUCACAAACCGGCUCCUUACCAUCCUCCUUACUACUACAAAUCCCCACCACCUCCAUCUCCGGUUUAUUACUACAAGUCACCACCACCACCGACUCCGACUUACGUCUACAAAUCUCCACCACCGCCAACUCCGACAUACGUCUACAAGUCACCACCUCCUCCUACCCCAACAUAUGUUUACAAAUCCCCUCCUCCUCCUACCCCAACAUACGUCUACAAAUCUCCUCCUCCACCAACUCCGACUUACGUCUAUAAGUCACCACCACCGCCGACUCCAACAUAUGUCUACAAGUCUCCGCCUCCACCAACCCCAACUUAUGUCUACAAGUCUCCACCGCCGCCAACUCCAACAUAUGUAUACAAGUCACCGCCUCCUCCUACCCCGACUUAUGUCUACAAGUCGCCACCUCCUCCUACUCCAACAUAUGUCUACAAGUCUCCACCACCCCCAACCCCGACUUAUGUCUACAAAUCUCCACCACCACCUACCCCAACUUAUGUCUACAAGUCGCCACCACCACCAACCCCAACUUAUGUCUACAAAUCUCCACCACCGCCAACCCCGACUUAUGUCUACAAGUCGCCACCUCCUCCAACCCCAACAUAUGUUUACAAGUCUCCACCACCGCCUACUCCAACCUAUGUUUACAAGUCUCCACCACCGCCUACUCCAACCUAUGUUUACAAAUCACCUCCUCCGCCUACUCCAACCUACGUCUACAAGUCUCCACCACCGCCCACUCCAACUUAUGUUUACAAGUCACCACCACCCCCAACUCACACUCCUACACCAUACUAUUACCAUUCUCCACCACCACCCGUAAAAUCUCCACCACCUCCAUAUUACUAUCACUCACCACCACCACCGGUCAAAUCUCCACCUCCACCUUACUAUUACCACUCUCCACCUCCUCCGGUGAAAUCUCCUCCUCCUCCAUACUAUUACCACUCACCACCCCCACCCGUGAAAUCUCCUCCUCCACCAUACUACUACCAUUCACCACCUCCUCCGGUGAAAUCUCCACCACCACCAUACUACUACCACUCACCACCUCCUCCCGUGAAAUCUCCACCACCACCAUACUACUACCAUUCACCACCACCUCCCGUCAAGUCUCCACCACCACCAUACUACUACCAUUCACCACCUCCUCCGGUGAAAUCUCCACCACCACCAUACUACUACCACUCACCACCUCCUCCCGUGAAAUCUCCACCACCACCAUACUACUAUCACUCACCGCCUCCACCGGUGAAAUCUCCUCCUCCUCCAUACUACUAUCACUCACCACCUCCACCGGUGAAAUCUCCACCUCCACCAUACUACUAUCACUCACCACCCCCACCAGUGAAAUCUCCACCUCCACCAUACUACUAUCACUCACCACCCCCACCAGUGAAAUCUCCACCUCCACCAUACUACUAUCACUCACCACCCCCACCAGUGAAAUCUCCACCUCCACCAUACUACUAUCACUCACCACCUCCCCCAGUGAAAUCUCCACCUCCUCCAUACUAUUACCAUUCACCACCCCCUCCAGUAAAGUCUCCUCCUCCACCAUACUACUACCAUUCACCACCCCCUCCAGUAAAAUCUCCUCCUCCUCCAUACUAUUACCAUUCACCACCCCCUCCAGUAAAGUCUCCUCCCCCACCAUACUACUACCAUUCACCACCACCUCCGGUGAAAUCCCCACCACCACCAUACUAUUACAACUCUCCUCCACCACCUGUAAAAUCUCCCCCACCUCCCGUCUACAUCUACGCUUCUCCUCCACCUCCCACUCACUACUAG